UUUACUUUCCUUUUUUUUCACUGGGAUUUUACAUUUAUUUUCUUUCUUUUUCUCUCUCUCUAUUGUUUUCCUUUUUAUUUAAUUCAACUUAUUCUCUUUCUUAUUUACUUCUGGUUCAUUUCACUUUACCUGACGUUAUUUUAUUUUAAUAUCUACUAUAUUUCCCGGGCCUCUUCUCAUUAUUAAUUCUACUUUUUUUUAUAUAUAUAUAUAUAUUUUCGCCGCGGUGAAGAUUGACCCUCGCAGGGCUCCGUCGUGCAUCAAAGAUCGUCUCCGUCUUGAGAGAUGAGUCACUCGGCUGUGACGUCACCACCGAGCCGUCCCGCCUGGCCUUACGUCACUUUACGUCAGCGUGGCCGGAUCCUGAAAACGUGCUCAGAGUGAGACCUCCUCCUUCCUGUUUCACCUCCGACAGAGAAAAACAACAGCACCGUGUUGAGGAAGUGGACAUUAACGGUCGUUUAACGGACAUUAACGGACAUUAACGGACAUUAACGGUUUGUCAGCGCGCCCUCUGACCCCCAGUGAACAUGGCGGAGUUGAACCUGGAGGCGAAGCUGAAGCUGCGUCUGAAGCAGGAGAAGAUCCAGCUGUGGAACGAACCGUACAGCAACCAGCUGCAGCAGCCGGGGGAGCGCCACCUGCAGGAGCUGGCGGAGCGCUACGCCCCCCUGCUGGGUCUGCCGGCGGCGGAGGUCUGCGGCGCUCUGGAGGCGAUCCGGGUUCAGGCGGUGAAUCGGGGGAAAGGAAACAAGACGUUCAGAGAGACCAACGUGGCCACGCUGGAGCUGCUGCUGCCCAGAGACAGCAAGAAGGACCCGAAGACGAAGAAUCACCUGGAGACGAAGCUGGACGUCCAGGCUCAGGAGCUGGUAGACAGGAUCGGGGAACAGUUCGGCCUCAAAUACAUCAAACUGAUCCUCAACGGGAAAACUCUGUGUGUCGACCAGCGUCUGGACCAUCAGGGUGUGAAGAACCACAGUAAGGUGAUGGUGCUGAAGGUGAGCGACGCUGAGCUGAAGCAGCAGCUGAGUGACGAAGAGGAGAAGAAGAAGAACAACAACGAGAGCCUCCAGAGGACACACAAAGGCUUCCAGAUCCUGUCAGAGAGAGACGGCAGCGAAGACACCACGCCGUUCCUGGAGAUCGCUGACCAGAGAGGAAACCCGCUGAAGAUCCCGCACCAGGAGAAGAAGGCUCUGAUCCUCGCCAUGGGCUUCCACGAGAAAGGACGCGCUCUGAUGAAGAAGAAGCAGUUUGACAACGCGCUGUGUCACCUGCUGCAGGCUGACCAGCAGUUCAGUAAGUGCGGCUCGGCCCUGCUGGGCUCGGUGGAUAACUUUGCGGUGCUGCAGCUGGACAUCGUGUGGUGCUACCGGGCGCUGGAGGCUCUGUCCUGCCUGGAGGACGGCCGCAGCCGGCUGCAGCGCGCCGAGGACUGCUUCCUGCAGUGCUACGGCGAGCGGCAGCAGCGGCUGCUCAUGAUCAAGGGCAACACGGGCAGAGAGGAGGUGCUGUUUCUGCGGCUGUACCUCCUCCAGAGUCUCCUCUCCUACAUCGAAGGAAACGACGCCCAGGCUCGACACCAGCUCUCCAAAGUGGAGUCUCUGUACAGCCGUCUGUGUCUGGACUCAGAGAAGAUGUCUCAGCUGAUGACUCUGGGCUUCAGUGAGAGAGAAGCUCGACUCGGCCUCAGAGCCUGUCAGGGAGACCUGCAGGAGGCCGCAAUACACAUCAGCAACCAGAGACAGGAGCGAGAGGAGCUGAGGCAGAGGGAGCGCCAGAGGAGGAGCAGCAGGAUGGAGCUGCUCUCCUCCCUCACGGAGCUCGGCUUCUCCAGGAGAGACGCUGCUAGAGCGCUACAGCAGGCUGACGGAGACGUAGACAGGGCCUAUGGAAUCCUGCUGGACUGGUCUCAGGUCUCUAACAACAACAGUGAGGGAGGAGCUGGUGUGGAGGAGGUGAUGCAGCAGGAGGUGCAGCAGCUCUUGUAUCUGGGUUUUGAGCGCGGCGUCUCCGCGGCGGCGCUCCGUCUGACGGGCGGAGACGUCCAAUCAGCCACUCAGCUGCUGCUGGACAACCAGGGCGUCUUGUCCCCGGAGCUGCUGUCCAUGUCCCCGCCCUCCACCUCCUCCUCCUCCACCUCGCCGUCCUCCGACGGGCCCAGCACCUCCUCCACCUCCUCCACCUCCACCUCCACAGAGGAUAGUGAGCUGGUGAAGGAGGUUCUGGAGGACCUGUCUGUCCAUGAGGAGGAUUAUCUGGACCUGACUCUGGAGGAGGAGAACGAACUGAUCACCACCAUGAAGACAUACCUGAGGAGACACACACACUGACACACUGACACACACACACACACACACACAC